AGAAGAGAGAUGCCGGCUGGAGUGACAUGGGGUCGAUACCUUACCACUUUGUCCAUCUCCCUCUUGACCAUGUUGUCUGGAGCCCAGUGUGUGCACCUCUACUACAGACCUCUCGAAGACUUUGAUGAGCUGAUUGAAGCCCGGAAGAAGGAACUAAGAGAGCAAAUGAGACAGUCUGAGUCUAUAGAUAAGGAGGAUCUGGGGUCCUAAAAUUGGGACUAGUUUAUUUGCUAAUAACACUUAGUGUCAACAUUUGUUUGUGUGUGUGUUUAUUGUUACUUGGAGCUUGUGAUAUUGACACCAUAUUGUCUAACUUCUUGAUUUCAUUUUCUGGUAUUUACUUAAUAUUUUAAGAGCAAAUUCUGUGCAGUAAUGGCGUUGUUGAUACCUUUAUGUGGUAGAGUAAUGCUCGGAUCUGGCAGACACACAUUAAAAAACAAGUCUGUUGAGUGCUGUAAACUGUUGAGUGCAAAGUGCUUCAGCACUAAGGUGCCCAGUGAGCCCCAAUGGCGAGAAAUUGACCCGGCCUCCUUGCCGAAAGUCCCUGAACUUGACAGUGAAAUGAUAGCCCACCUUGAGCGAUUGUCUCUCGUUGAUUUCAAUAAUGUGGAAGGUGUGGAGCGAUUGAGGAGCGCCAUUGAGUAUGCGGGGCAGCUGUCAGUGGUGGACACUGCUGGGGUGGAGCCAAUGUUCUCUAUGUUGGAGGACCAGGAGCUGGCCCUGCAAGAUGAUGUUGUGAGUGAGGGUGGGUGUAGGGAAGAUGUGCUGCAGAACGCCUCGAAGAUAGAGGAGGAUUACUUUGUGGCUCCGCCUGGAAACAUACCCCUCAUUCAGACAAAGAAGCUCUCAGACAAGAAGACCUAAUGCAGUAUGAUUAUUGAAAUGUGUUAAUGCGAGAGAGAGAAUAAAAACUGUUUAAUGUAUAUUUUAACAAAAAUGUUGCUUGUAUAUUGAAUUGUUUCCAAAGCAAUGUGUAUAAUCACUAUAAUGUAAUGAGAAACCAUCUUUCUGUCUUACAUCUCUUGUGAAGUAUAGAUUGAAGAAAUUUGAGUUAACUUAA